CCGGCGAGCUUAGCGCUGACCGCGGUGAAUCAACUGCCUGGACUGGACGCCCAUGAACUUGCUGGAGGAGCGGCGGCGGCGAGGGUGGCCGGAGGAGUUCUGCGCCCCUGAGCCCGAGAGCAAACGAGUGUGCAGAAAUUUGAAGACUGUUCCACAGGCAAUCAAUCCUUGCCACCCACUAAGCAACUGUUUUAUGGAUUACUGGGCUAUGAAGCAGAAUCUCAAGCAGAAUGAUCCCACUGAAUUGUUCAGUCCUCAGAUUACAAAAGAGAAGCCAAAUUAUAUGGUAUUUACGGAUAAUGAAGCCAAAGCUACUGCCCAGCCAUGUCCAAGAUGUAUUGCUGGUGAACCUGGACACUUUGGUCAUAUGAUGGGUUUAUAGAAGAUCAAAGGAUGUUGAUGCAGUAGUUCUUCAAACAAAAUAAUAUAAGCUUGAGCUGCCAAUACUAUCUCCACGUCUCUUAAAAACUCUUAUAGGUGUAAAAAGAAGUAAAUAAUGGAUUAUAUUUUUUUAAGUAUUUUCAGUAGAAUCCCAUUUUGAAUUGCUUUUUAAUAUUCUAUAUUAUCUGUUAUUUAGAAAAAAAAUUCUCCACUCCUAAUACACACAUGUCCAUAUCAUGUACUAUUAGAGGUAUAUUUUCCUGAAUGUAGGCUGUUAAUGGCAUUAUUUUCACUUCAUGUAUUUUGCAUUGAACACCCAAAAUGCAUGUUUGUUUCUAUAUGAAUCUUGACAGCAAUAGUCAGCACUAAACAUCUGUCUCAAAAUAGAGAUCUAUUCCACCAAUCUUAAAUAACAUUCAAAGGAAUUACAUUAUCUGAUUAGCAAUAUUGUGUGCACUCCAACCAUUUAGUAAAAUUGUGUUUUAACUAACCUCUGGCCUAUAUUUGAGCCUGAAUGUACCAGGGUCCCCUGAGGCCUGAAAAAUAUUUCCUAAUGCAUUGAGACUAGAAUUUUCCCCAGAAAUUCUGAGGGAAGGGGGUUCUGGGAACUUUAGAACUAACUCACCUGGAGGGCAAUAAAUUGGGGAAAACUCUUGUCAGAUGGAUGAGUCCUAUCUGAGAGAAGAGAAAGGAAAUUUUCAGAUAAGAACUAGUUCUUUUUCACGUGAAAUAAAUAAUGAGUCAAAUGAAUUGCUUGCAAUUCUUUGCUUGCUGCUAGUAAACAUUAUUUUAACCUGCAUGUUUCCUGAAUAUGUCAUAAAAUGUACUUGAGGUUGUUGGAAUUAUUUUCGAAUGCAAGAUUAAAUCAAUCACUUUUAAAAUAAGAAAAAACAGGUAUAAGUCCUGCACGUUUUCUUGUACUUAUUUGUAAUUCAGCAUUAUGGCAAAUCUGUAAAGCAAACAAUGCCUUAUGGGAACAGUAAUGGCGCUUCCUGUUCUUACCACUUCAUUACUUCCAUAGAAUUGCGCAUGAGCAGUGCAAAACUUUCUUCUUGGGCUAAUUUGGAUUGCAUUGCUUUCCUUUCUGACCAACCCAUCCCCACCAGCCUUAAUAUGUAGGAUCUGAACUUUGGUGCUUCCAGACAGACGCUAUCUUCCAUUACUGAUAGAAACUUAGUGUGCAGGUCCCCUUCAAAUUUCCAUAGCAAAACAUGGAAGAAUCACGGAUGGAAGAGAUGUUUGUCAGGACCUACAAUAAAGCCUUGUCUAGAUGCACUUCCAGUGAUGUAUUUUAUUUUUCUACCAGAUGUUACUGCAGGGUCAGAAGGCAUUGCAGAGGCUGAAAAUGAUGUGAACAAAGUUAUGUUGAAUAUGUUCUAAAAUAAAAGGGGAGAAAUCCUUACACAAAAGAAAGACCUGCUUCUAAGAACAAAGUUUUUAUAUGGAAGCACUUUAUAUGAAACCUUUUUAGGACCUUUUUAAAAAAUAUUUUUAUGCUAGGUGAAUUAACAAAAAUGCAUAAAUAAUGCCAGCACUGUAAUGUAAUAUCAGAAUUUAAAUAAAAGGUGUAACGUAUGAUUCCUUAUAUUUUAGCUGAAAUACUUAACUGAAACCUGGUGAAUUAAACUACCUACAGUCUAUUGCUCCUUCUAACUUUACGGUUCAAUCAAAUACUUUUUGCUCAUAAUUGUAAUACAGUAUUGAAUGAAAUAUUAAGAACAAAAUAUGAAUACAAUUAAGGCGAGGGCUUACAAUUCAA